AUGAGUGGUUGGAAGGGUUUGGAAGGUGAUGACCUCAUUCAGAACCUCCGUCACCUUCUUAUCAACUUUGACCCCCACAUCCGAGAGGCUGGCUCAUCAGAUCAGGUAGAGGAGGCCCUGGUUCAUAUGGAGGAAAAUGAUGAAAACUUCCACAGAUAUGAAUUUGUGCGACAGUUGAAGAGGAAGAUUGAAGAGGUACUAGGUCCUAUCAUUGAGGAUGAAAUUGAAAAGCAAUCAACAUCUACUGGAUCAGUGGACAUUGGUCAAGACACAUUGGUCAGCAGGAUCACUGAGCGAGUCAUUCACUCAAGACAUUACAAUGAUCUAUCAAGGAAGAUGAAGAAAAAUAUCCUGGAAGCUGUUGACCACCUGAUGAGGAACUUUGAUUCCGAGUUUGGUACAGGGCGCCAUCGUGACUCUGCAGAUCAGCUCCAGGCCAGCAAACAAACACGCAAGACUUAUAUUGUCAGUGACGAGGAUGAGUCCUCAUGUGGCAGCUCCUUUAAUCAGGGUAUGAUGUGGUACACUAGCCAUGAGAUGCUGGAGAAUGUAGCUGAGAAACUGGGCAAGACCAAAGACACACAGACAAGAAUAGAAGGGAUGCAGACACUGAACCAGAACUCUCCUGGAGAUUUUGUCAAUAGUGACCAAUGGACAAGGAUACGGAAAAAUCUAAUGGAUGUGAUGGCUGAUCCUGAUGAACAACUCUCUUAUCUCAGCCAGAAGUUUAUCGUAAGAGCGUUUACAACCACCUCACAAUACACCAAGGAAGUCUAUACCCUCUUAGCGGACUAUCUGAUUGUCCAGUUCAAUUCAAGGCGUGGUUUCAUUCCUAAAAUUAAGAAUGGACUUGAUGUACAGAAAGGCGAAAUUGUGAAACUCAUAAAGGCUUUCCGACUGUUAAAUGAAUUUCAGCAAGAGACAAUAAACUACUGGAUACGUUAUCCUGACAAAUACCUUGAGAUGGUUCUGGAGAGUACAUUGAAUCUGUUCUCUAUACACCAACAAGGGGCCCCUGUAGGGACUUCCUCCAGUCUCACUCCGUUACAUUUUGUAUCCCUCAUCGAUCCAAAGGCACAGUGGUUCAUUAAAUGGAUGCAUGGUAACUACAGCAGGAUGAAACUGUUGAAGCUCCUGGAGAAAUAUAAAUCUGUGGUUGUGAAUGCUGUACACCAUUGUCUUGAGUUUUCAGCCAAUAGAAAGACACCAUUUGAUUUAAUGAGCGAAAUGUCGGACAACUUCUCAAAGACAUCUGUUACAGGUGAAAAUAAGGGACGUUCUUACUACACUGGAGCUGAACUGGAAUACUCCUACUUCAUACACUCUGUCUUUCUCCUGGGGCGCCUGCUCUGUUUCAUCAAUGGCCGUAAACUCUUCCCCAUCAAACUGAAGGACUCGGAAGAACCAGUCACUAUAACUAAAUUGUUGGUGGCUCUGGUAUUGAUAGUGGUCGACCCAAGUCUCAACAACGGAAACUCCAAGUCCACUCCAGCUCGAUACGAACCAGGCAGUUUAGUGACAGAGAUCCUAAAGAACUUAUGCAGCUCAGAACAAGUCUGUGAAAUUUGUCUGUACAAGGAUGACAUCACCAAUACUCUCUUGUCCCCUGUCUCCCAGUACCUUGAUACAUCGCAUAUUCGACCAGGGAGUGAGUAUUCCUUCAAUGAGGACCAUCACAUCGGUAAUGAGACCACACUUCUACAUGUCGCAGACAUUGUGUCUAUGAUUGCAUCUAGCACUAAAGGUCGCCGCCAUCUUAUCUACGGAGAGAAGAAAGACAUAUUUACCCGCACAAAGUCAUCAGCGGCACACAUCAUAGCUAAGUUUACAAGGAAGGCAUUGUUGGGAGAGUUACCUCAUGAGGCAGGCCCCGCUCCCUCGAAGGCCGUCAUCGGAGCCUACCUGUACAUCUGUCGUCAGCUGUAUAACACUUGUGAGGGCCUUCUGGUACUGUACCCUUACGACCUUCACAGUGUUGGGGCCAUCGCCUGGAGAGAGGCUAACAGAGAUGCUGAUAAUGCUGUGACCCCAACCCCAUCAGACAACAGCUCGGACACCGACGUCACAACUAGACAGGGCAAGGCAGACACGCAAGUUUGGGAGGACACCCUGAGGGACAAUCUGUUGAAUUUUGCUAGUACAGCUAAAGGUAUUCUCCUCCUUCAGCAGACAGGUGCCAUCAACGAGUGUAUGUCGUACAUGUAUAUACGCUACGAACAGAAACUUCAGGUGAGCAAGUGUGAAAAGUUUGGAUAUGGUUACAUGGUGACACAAGUGGCUGGUACUGCUCCAGGAAUGGUGGCUCUACAGAAAACAGGCUAUAUCAAAGCAUUGAUAGCUGAGCUAUGGUCAGUUAUGGAGAGUGGACUGUCUGACGCACCACUGUACAGUGCCAAGACCUGGCCUGUUGAUGCUGUGGAUAGACAUGCACAUAAGCACCUGGUCCGUCUCCUCAAUGUCCUGGCCUCUUUUCCUGCUGUGUACGAGGUGCUUGCUCGUAAACCUCUCCCAACUCAAGAUGAGUACACAUUCCGUGAGAUGCCUGAAACCAUUGCUGGUUUUAUUGAUAGACUGAUCCUGGUGGACUCCCCGGGGAAGACUCACUCUCUGUUUAACUAUGAACACUCCCAUGUGUUUGGCUUGAGGGUGUUAAGUGUGAUGAUCUCCUGUCGAGACACAUUCCUACUACUACAGUCCCAGUAUAGGUUUCAGGAUGUUCUUUUGAAGGCACAGGGUGAGAAUCACCCCAACGAUCGUGAAGAUCUCAUCGUUGACAUGCUUUCUGUGGAGAGAAAUUAUGUCCUGGUCAAGUCCUACCUGAUUGGUGGACCUUCAGAGCGAGUCCAUCCACCUCGCAUCCUCGGUGAGGAUUCUGUCUACCCAUAUCCAUUGUUUUCAUCAUUUCCUGUUCCGCGGGAAUAUACACCAACAAUAGGAGGGCGCACUACACUAAAACAAGCAUUUGUUGAAUCAGAGGAGGAAGAAAAUGACUUAACCAAGUUCCUAAGUAACACAAAGACAUUCAAAGCUGACCGUGGAAAGACGACGUGGCUGGAAAGAUGUAAAAACACCCUCACUAAGAUGAUAAUAGCCAAGUCUGAUCAGGUCAAGGGCAUGGUAAUACAACAGCUACUGGAGACGUGUAUUCCCCAGAUGACAAAGGUUCCGGAGGAAUGUGUCUUUCCGUUACUGGACUAUACUGGUACAGAUAGUGCUGUUAAGGCAUAUCAUUUGUCUCCACUCCAGACACUGGGCAUCAAGAUAGCAAUCAGGUACGGAAUACACCUGAAGUUGAUUCACACUUCGUCAGACGUCACAGAGAAGCUUACACACCUGAUUAAACAGUGUGCCUGCUUCCUACAGCAGCAGCAGAAAUCGGCAGACACCAACAUCAAGUUCCUACAGGGUAACUAUCCCGGGUUUGACUGGUUCGCUGCCACCGUCUUCCUUAUCUUCAAUGGUAACAUAGAGAAAUCCUGGCAAUUCCUGUACAAGUUCUCAACACUCGGCUGUUCCGGAUACCUCUGGACACCACGUCUUCACUCCUCCGUCCAUUUGCCAAGUGCUCUCAUGUCCAGUGGUAUAUCACCACUGUUCUCCAGUACAGGACACAAUAUUGAACUCAUUCUUCAGAUAGAGCUCCCCCUGGUGGCCUCAGCCUUCAGAAUGUCAGGAUACACACCUGCACAGAUAUGUGUUCAUUGGCUGAAACAGUGUUUCUGGGACUACUUAGACUGGCAGGAUAUAUGCCACUAUGUGUGUGUGUGUAUCGUCAUGGGGAUAGACUAUCAGGUGUAUAUGUGUGUGGCAAUUCUCCGCCACAUGCAGAAGCGCAUCAUGGAACACAUGCAGACUCAUGACCUCAUCAUCUUCUUAAAGGAGACAGCUCUUGAUGGCUUCCAUGUGUCGUCCAAUUUGAGAUUCAUGAAUGAACUAGAGAAACGCUAUAGAAAGAUUGUGUUAUCUGAUAUGUUAAACAUAUCCAAACCUUGACUUCGGAAAAUUCUACUGAUAUUGAAUGAAUAGCUCUGAUGGACUUGAAUCUGGAUUAGGAAAUCCUGAGAGACAACAAAACAGGAGACACAUGGAAGACAGUAAUGUUGGUUUUUGUUCAGACAGAGCAAAAUGGUGCAAUGAUUUUUUUCUUUAGGUCACCUGACCAUAUAGUCAUCAUGUUUCAUCCGCCAUUGUAUGCUGUCCGCUAGGCAUAAACUUUCAAUUCAAAUAAGGCCCAUUGACCUCUUGUUAAUCAUGGAUCCAUACCGAUAAUAUUGUCAUACUAUAUUUUAUUUACAUGCUAGAGAACGUUUUUUCAGUUGUCGGAAUUCAAAAGGAUCGUGUCGGCGGAAGGGGAAAAUUUUUCAAACAUGAUUAUGUAUUAAAGAUGAUAUGACAGUGAGUUGGACUAAUAUUGAGAUUAUCAGAUAUGACUUUUGAUAAAUAGUCUAUGAAAUGAA